AUGGAUCCAAGAGGCAAAGGCAUGGAUGAAAGAGGAAGUGAAAUGGGAGCUUCCAGUGGGGACGAGAUUGACACCUCUCGACUAUUACGAGGAAUAGCUCGUCAGAAGGUUCUUUUUGCCACUUUCAAACUGGCCGGUGAAGUUGAACGGUGGUGGCAUGCAAUGAAGCUGUUGGAGGAACAGCAAGCGGUACCUAUAGCAAUGACCUGGGGUCGCUUCAAGCAGGUCUUAUACAACCAAAAUUUUCCCGCCACCACAAAAAAUGCAAAGACGGAAGAAUUUUUCAGUUUGACUCAGGGGCGUCUCACUGUUCAGCAGUAUGCUGCUAAAUUUCUAGAGCUAUCUUAUUUUGCACCUUUCGUGGACUUCACGGAGUUGGUGGAGAAGGCUACUAUUGCAGAACUAAGUCUGCAAAGAGGUACGGAGGCAUCAGAAAGAAGGAAAAGGGUUGCGUAUCCUCAGUCCCAAACGAAUGUUAGAGAAGGGUCGUGGAGGGGAGACAGCGAUGCAACAGGCCAGGAGUCAGAAAGAAAUGAUCGGGGACGACAAGGGGAUUCAUCACGCCUGCACUGUCAUAGGUGUAAUCAGCGGCACUGGGGAGAAUGCCGAAGUAGGAGUGUCAUAUGCUAUAGAUGCAGCAAACAGGGUCACAUAGCUCAGGAAUGUCGAGAACCACCGAAUAAUGCACCAGCUCUGAACUAG